CGGGAAAUAUACUGUUCAACAUUGCCAAGAGCAGUUAUUUUGUAGGGUUUCCUAUAGUUAGUGUCUUCCAUUGAAUGAGGAAUCGGUAAUUGUUGGAUACAUAUUGGAGGAUUCUUUUUCAAGCAGCAAAAGAUAUGUGAUGGAGUAGAUUGCUUCCCCAGUUCCAAACAUCCCAGUGCCUUGUCCAUUUCAUGAAAUAUAAUGCUGCGUGUCCAGCCUGACUUAUGAUCUUGCACGCGGAGGACUUCAUGGUCAAGCCACAGGACACCAUGGACAGUGGCGCGAACCUCAACGCAGCGACUGUGCAUGAUGGGAAGAGAGCCUCAUCUCCACCUGAGGAGGCUGAAGAUUUAGCGAUAAAAAGACCCAAGCUUGAACCUGAGCGUAGAGCGUCCCCAGAGCUUGAAAAUCAUAGGAUUACAGAAUUACAGCCCUUGGCCCACAGUUCUAUAGACAGCGCAGAAGACAGUUCCUCUAGUCAGCCAUCUGAAAAUCACAUCAAUCACUCCACAGGCCUUGUCCCAAAUGGAGCAACUGAUGGGGAUUUACCAGGGCUCGUCACUGCGGGUGACUCCGUUCUCAAUCCUGAGCCUUGGAUUAUGACCGGGGUGGCUGGUCCACUUACAGGUGAUCCAAACAGAACAAUAGCAGAAUUUCAUCAUCCAAACUUCAUCUCAAAUUUCUUACAAGCCAGUGGUAGACUUCAUUACUCACAGCUACUUCCUGUUUCCACGAGCGAGGCGCCCUCUACCAGCUCCGAGGUCGCAGCAGACGGCGGCGAAGAGUCUGGUCCCAGCUCCCCGACGACCCAGAUCGUUGCUAGCGGCGACCCGGGUGGCAGUGACGACACGCCCCCCACCAUGCAGACCUACCCCAAUUACACGUCGUGGCCCGCCAACCACAUGACCCAUACGUACAUGGCCCCAGGCUACCAAAAUGACACGACCCCCAUGAAGAAAAACACAGCCACUUUUCCACCCACCACCUACCAGUCGGGGUACACAAGCCCAUAUGACACAGGCAUGUAUGUGGGAACCACUAAUAACGCCAGCUCACAAUCUGCGUACUCUCAACCGUCGGUCAACAACUUCUAUGGGUACCCAUCUCAAGCCCAGCUGGCGGCAGCCACCUACGGGUACCCCCAGUACCCGUUCAUGUCGCCCGCGACCACCAUCUCAGGUUCAUCUACAGUGCCUUCUACACAGACCUACGUCAUACCCACGCCUCCCGACAUCAUACCAUCAGCUCCAAGCACACAGGGUUCUCAUCUGGACAUGCAGUCACCUACAAAUUCCACAGGAGACAGCGGUGCUCAGUAUCAAAUCCCCUCAAGUCCCUCUCCGCCUGCACAGUCAAACAGAAAGAAGGGUACAAAUAACCGCCAGGGUCGCAGACAGAACCCCUCACCAGGGCCGGAGUCUGACCUGGAAAGAGUGUUUAUAUGGGACUUAGAUGAGACCAUAAUUAUAUUCCAUUCUUUACUCACCGGAUCGUAUGCUCAACGUUACGGAAAGGAUCCAAAUGCGUCCGUACAACUCGGGCUACGGAUGGAGGAAUUGAUAUUCGGCUUAGCGGAUAAUCACCUAUUUUUUAAUGACUUAGAGGAAUGUGACCAGGUCCAUAUAGACGACGUGUCCUCUGAUGACAAUGGCCAAGAUUUGAGCACCUACAACUUCCUUGCUGAUGGUUUUAGAAACGGUCAGACGGGGGCAAACCUUUGCCUAGCAACAGGGGUACGUGGGGGCGUCGACUGGAUGAGGAAGUUGGCGUUUAGAUAUCGGAGAAUAAAGGAGAUUUACAAUACAUACAAAAACAAUGUAGGAGGUGUGUUGGGGCAGCAGAAACGAGACACGUGGUUACAGCUUCGUCAGGAGAUUGAGGGUCUGACGGACAACUGGCUCACCUUGGCCCUUAAAUCCCUCAGCAUCAUCAACUCCAGGUCAAACUGUGUGAAUGUGCUUGUGACGACGACCCAGUUGGUCCCCGCGCUUGCCAAGACGCUGCUGUACGGGCUGGGAGGGGUGUUCUCGAUUGACAAUGUGUACAGUGCUACCAAGAUUGGGAAAGAAUCGUGUUUUGAAAGGAUUGUGUCCAGAUUUGGCAAGAAAUGCACUUACGUCGUCGUGGGAGAUGGACGUGACGAGGAGGCGGCAGCAAAACAAAUGACGUGGCCGUUCUGGCGUAUCUCAAACCAUUCCGACCUGGCUGCACUACAUCAUGCCUUAGAACUCAGCUACCUCUAAUAUCCGGCAAGAACAGAUGGCAUUGUGAUCAAUGUCUGACAGGAAAAAAUUGCUGGCAUCAUGAACUUACAUCCAACGGAAAAAAGAUUGCAGGCAUCAUGAACUUGUGUCCAAUGGAAAAAGAUUGCUGGCAUCAUAAACUUGCAUCCGUGUAUCUGUGGAUUGAAUUUAAAUAUCUAAAGUGAAGAUUCAGUUUAAAAAGGCUUGAGUAAAGUUUAAAAAAACGAUGAUGAUUGUUUAUCUUAAAUUUGUGUAUGAAAAAUAAAGUCAUACAUGUGUAGACAGUGAAUGUAAAUAUAACAAAGGUAGAUCAUGGCCCCUAAUGGUAUUUGGAAGCUUUUUGAAUGACAUUGAAGUCUGAAAUUGUAUGUAUUGAGUUGGAAGAUUACUGGAUAUUGACUGACGUGUGAACAAUAUUGUGAUGGAAACGUUUGUGAAGGAAUUGUGUGGUAUUUUAGCAAUUUUUAAUGGCUGAAGAUUAAAGACUGUUCUGGUAGAUAGGAUUUUCAAAUUUGUGGCGAAUGACAAUGGAUAGUUGAACACUUUGGGUAGUGCAUUACAUGAGAUUAUCUGAGUUGUGGAAUGAAAAGGACAUGUGUCACAUGCCGUCUUGAGAUCUCAAAAUCUCUUCACAGAUGAAGGAGAUAAAGGAGAUCACAGCAGUGUUUGAAGUAUGCAUUGAUAUUUAGCUUUAUAUAAGUAGUAGAAAAAAUAACAAACAACUUCUUUAUUCACCUGCAUCUUCAUGAAUUUCGGUAAGAAAAUUUGUCACAAUGAUAUCGCAGCUGAGUUUGGAACUGGGUCAUGUGAGUGAAAAACUAGGUUACUCGGUAAAAAAAAAAGGCCUAAUUUAUUUCCCAAUCUUUACGAAACUUUAUCUGAACAU